AUGCGGCCAGAGGCAGUGGACGUUGAGUGGCUGCUGGGGCCAGGGGCGACCCUGCGGCGCCUGGCCGGGCUGUGGCGGCAUCAGCAGGACUACUCUGGCCGACUCCGAGCAGCUUUCACCCUGACCGCCGUCGCCCUGAUGCCGGCUUUCGUCGCCCUCAAGCUGACCAUGGACCCUCCUGACGAACUGGAAGAACUCGCAAUGUGUGGUUUUGUUGCCUUUAUCACCAGCGGAAUGUUGGUGAAGGCUGCGCUCUUCGUCCAUGGGGGACGCGCCCUGCGCCAAUUGGUGCAGCUGCUGCACUGGACCAGGGGACGCUACGGCAGUGGAGGAAGCGGCGACGCUACAAGGCGGCGCUAUCGGAAGCUUUCGGACCGCGUUUACUUCUACUUGCAGGCAGCAGUUGUGCCGGCCAUCAUAGGCUGGGUGUGUUCUCCACUGCUGUCCCGCAGCGUGCUCCGGGGCGCAGAGGGCUCUGGCGACACACGUCGGCAGCUGCCCGCGCCUGCGUGGCUACCUCUGGACAUCCAGGUGUCACCCACGUACCAACUGCUGUACGCGAUGCUAUCAUUCUGCCUUCUGAUAGCUUCCGAGACUUCGAGUGAGAAGCUGGUCAACUGUGCUUUCAACUGCGGCUGGGCGGACUGUGACAUCCGCUUCAAGCGUAACCUGCUCAUCUUCAUGAUGCGAUCUAUGCAGCCGAUGGAGAUCACUGUCGGGAAGACCUGUAAACUGUCUAAGCAGAUGCUAUUACAGGUGCUGAAUGGGACGUACGCACUACUGAACAUGCUUUACAACUUCCAUGGCAGUGGUUGA